AUGGAGAAAACUAAUCUCCUCUUCCUUGUAGCCUCGGUUGCAAGCCUGAGCACAGCUUCCUCGAGUACCACUAGCGUUCUUGCCCACAACAACACCCUUGAUCAUGAUCUAGAUGCUCUUCUUGCCUUCAAGUCUACCAUUUCCGACCCCCAAAACUUCCUUCCAAUCAAUUGGUCCACUUCUACCUCUGUUUGCAACUGGAUAGGAAUCACUUGUAACAGACGCCAUCAAAGAGUCGCUGCCAUACAUCUUCCUAAAAUGGGCUUAGUUGGAAACAUACCUCCACAGUUGGGGAAUCUCUCUUUCUUAGUCUGGCUGAACCUUCAAAACAAUAGCUUCCAUGGAAAUCUUCCAACUCAGCUGGUUCAUUUGCGUCGACUCAAGUACAUCAACUUGGCAUUCAACGGCUUUGAUGGCGAAUUUCCAUCAUGGUUGGGAGCUUUAUCUCGACUUCGUUUUCUUUCGUUGCAUAGUAACAGAAUUUCAGGUUCAUUGCCACCAACGCUCUCUAAUGCAACAAUGUUAGAGACCAUCAGGUUGGGUCGGAACCUCAUAACUGGAAAUCUGCCUCAAGACUGGAGUGCUUUACAGAACUUGGAGGCCCUUGACAUGGGACAUAAUAAACUUGGAGGCCCUUUGCCUCAGUCUUUAUUUAACCUCUCCUCAUUGCAGAUAUUAAUUUUUACGAAUAAUACUUUAUCCGGUUACCUUCCGGCUAGUAUCUGCCAUCAUCUACCACGACUCCAAGGGCUUUAUUUGUCACGGAACGAGUUUAGCGGCGCGGUUCUGGCUGGUAUUGGAGGUUGUCCAAGGCUUCAAAUCUUGUCCUUGUCAUACAAUAAUCUGGCAGGAAAUAUGCCACGACAGAUUUGGAAUCUAACUACACUAAGGGUGUUGUAUCUAGGCGGAAACGAUAUUCAAGGUCAAAUCCCAGCAGAUAUUGGCAAUCUUACUAAUUUGCAGCGGCUAGGCAUAGAGUUUGCUAAUCUGACAGGUGUUAUACCUCGUGGGAUCGGUGACCUUUACGAGUUGGAGGAAUUACACUUAGGCGAAAAUAGGUUAACAGAUCCUGUCCCACAGAAGCUAUUCAACAUUUCAACUCUUAGACUACUAUCCAUAGAACUUAAUGAUUUUUCAAGCAUUCUUCCUUCCACUUUAGGUGUUACUUUACCCAACCUUGAGGUGCUUCUUCUUGGGGGCAACAAAUUCACCGGAAUUAUAUUGCCAACUCUCUCCAAUGCCUCUAAAUUGAAGACUCUAGACCUGACAAGGAAUAAAUUUGUUGGUGAAAUUCCUGAUUCUCUUGGUAGCUUAAGAUUCCUAGAAUUCUUAGUUCUUUCAAAAAACAAUUUUACUCUAUCUGGAGGUAUGACCUUCUUCAGUUCUAUAGGAAAUUGCAGGUAUUUGAGAAGGUUGUCCCUAGGCGAAAAUUUACUGAAUGGAAAUCUUCCAGUGUCUAUUGGAAAUCUUUCAAACUCUCUUGAAUCAAUUAAUAUGUUUCAUUGUGGAAUUGGAGGUGAAAUUCCAAGGUCACUAGGCAACUUGAGCAACUUGAACUCCAUACACUUAGCAAGGAAUGGCUUGAUAGGAGCAAUCCCAAGUUCCAUCUCAGGUUUACUAAAUCUUCAGCGGAUAAGUUUUGGAGAUAACAAAAUACAUGGAUCAAUUCCAAGUGAGUUUUGCCAUAUCCCCAACUUAGGAUACUUAAAGUUGUCAAGAAAUAGACUGUCUAGCAAAGUGCCGAACUGCAUGGGGAACAUUUCUUCAUUGAGAUAUCUUUAUUUAAACUCCAACAAUCUAACAUCUAGCAUACCGACAAGCUUAUGGAGCCUUAAUGAUCUGUUGGUACUGGAUUUGUCCAUGAAUUAUCUCAAUGGUUCUUUGUCCUCCCAAAUUGGAAAUAUGAAGGCACUGAUCAAUCUGAAUCUAUCAGUUAACCAGUUCUCCGGUGAUAUUCCCAGCACAAUUGGGACGCUACAGAAUUUACAGGAACUCUCCUUAGAGCAUAAUAAACUGCAAGGGUUAAUUCCAGACUCCAUGAAGAAAAUGUUGACUUUGCAGUAUUUGGAUCUGUCAUUCAACAAUUUAGCUGGUAUGAUACCUAACUCACUGGAGGUACUCUUGGAUCUUCAGUAUUUGAAUGUUUCCUACAACAAACUACAAGGACCAAUUCCUCGAGGAGGACCUUUUAAGAACUUCACAAUCCUAUCUUUUCUUGCUAAUGAAGCAUUAUGUGGUGCUCCUUGGUUCCAACCUUGUCAAAAUUUUUAUCAUAGAUCAAAGAAAAAGAUACUCUUGCUUGUGUUGCUGCCAAUAGGAUCUGCUGUCCUAGCCUUUGCCAUUUCACUUUUGUUGAUGAAGAGGUUUACAAGAAAGAAAACUAUGGCUGCAGCUCCUGAUUUGUUUCCAAAAACAACAUAUCAAAGGGUAUCCUACCAUGAACUUCGACAAAUAACAAAUGGUUUCAGUGUGAGUAACUUGCUUGGAUCUGGGACGUUUGGUUCAGUUUACAAAGGGGCAUCUGCAAAUGGGAUAAUUUGGGCUAUAAAGGUUUUUAAUAUGAAGCUCGAUGACAUACUGAAAACUUUUGACACAGAGUGUGAAGUCUUGUGCCGCCUCCGUCAUAGAAAUUUGAUCAAAGUCAUUAGCGCUUGCUCUAAUCCGGACUUUAAAGCUUUGGUACUAGAAUUCAUGCCUAAUGGAAGUCUGGAUAAAUGGCUUCAUCUUGACCACCAUGUCCUGAGUAUCAUGCAAAGAUUGGACAUCAUGAUUGAUGUGGCUCGUGGGUUGGAAUAUCUUCAUUAUGGGUAUUCAUUUCCCAUAAUUCAUUGUGAUUUGAAGCCUAGUAACAUUUUACUAGAUGGAGCUAUGGUAGGUCAUGUUAGUGACUUUGGAAUUGCUAAAUUCCUAGGAGAUGGAGAAAGCCAUCUACAAACAAAAACCCUGGCAACAAUUGGGUACAUCGCUCCAGAGUAUGGACUAGAAGGACUAGUGUCAACAAGGUGUGAUGUGUACAGUUUUGGCAUUACCAUGAUUGAAGCAUUCACUGGAAAGCGACCUAAGGAUGAGAUGUUCACAGAAGAGCUUAGCAUAAGGUGUUGGAUUCUGGAAUCAUUACCAAGUUCUGUAGAUCAAGUUGUCGAUGUGAAAUUACUUCAUCCAGAAGAAGAACAAACCAACAUGGACAUGGCUUGUGUAUCAUCUAUCUUGCAGCUUGCUUUAAGUUGCAGUUCAGAUGUCCCAGAGAACAGGAUCAACAUAAAAGAUGCUCUCACAACACUCGAAAAUAUCAAAACUCAAUUUUUACAAAGAAAUUAG